AUGGCCGUUCCCCAGGAUAUCAUCCAAAAGAUUGAGGAUGGAUACAAGAAGCUUCAGGUAUGUGAAGCUUAAUAUUUUCCUUGUUUUUGAUGCAAUUUAGGAAUUGAAAGUUGUUAUGGGCUAAUAAGGCAGAAUAGAGCCUGUUCGACCAUCCUCUUGCAGCAUCAUAUCGGAUUUUAUUUGAAAAAUCCUGAUCUUGACCUUGUUUUAGGAGUCCCCUGAAUGUCACUCCUUGUUGAAGAAGUACCUCACCCGCGAGGUGGUCGACCAAUGCAAGGACAAGCGCACCAAGCUCGGCGCCACCCUCUGGGACGUCAUCCAAUCCGGAGUGGCGAACCUCGACUCCGGCGUCGGUGUCUAUGCCCCCGACGCCGAGGCCUACACCCUCUUCAAGCCGCUGUUUGACCCCCUGAUCGAGGACUACCACAACGGCUUCAAGCCCACCCAAAAGCAGCCCGAGACCGACCUGGGCGAGGGCAAGACCCACCUCCUGCCCGACCUCGACCCCGAAGGCAAGUUCAUCAACUCGACCCGUGUCCGCUGCGGCCGCUCCCUUCAGGGCUACCCCUUCAACCCCUGCCUCACCGAGGCCAACUACCUCGAAAUGGAAGGCAAGGUGAAGAAGGUGUUCGAAGAGCUCCAAGACCCCGAACUCCAGGGCACUUACUACCCACUCCAGGGAAUGACCAAGGAGAUCCAGGAUCAACUCAUUGCUGACCAUUUCUUGGUAAGUAAUGUAAAAAAUAAGGGGGAAUUUAGGGAAAAUACGAGGUGAAAUUUAAUAAUAGAGCAUGAAAAACUGAAUUGGGUCUAAAAAGGGGUGAGAUUGAGACUUCGUCGGGAAAAUUAUAUUGUAGUAGGCAAGAAGGUCGAAAAAUCGGAAAAUUUUUGGAUUUUGAUGGGAAAAAUUGAAGACCAGGGUAGUAAAAAGAACAAGGAAGGAUUCCAGCAGCUUUGGGAACAAUAAAAUUGAGAAUAAAACUAAUUUCCGUCCCGUUUCAGUUCAAGGAAGGUGACCGUUUCCUGCAACACGCCAACGCCUGCCGCUACUGGCCCGCCGGCCGUGGCAUCUACCACAACAAGGACAAGACCUUCCUGGUCUGGGUGAACGAGGAGGACCAUCUCCGCAUCAUCUCCAUGCAGAACGGCGGCAACGUGGGCCAGGUCCUGGAGCGCCUUAUCAAGGGCGUGAAGGCGAUCCAAGCGCAGGUCCCGUUCAGCCGCGACGACCGCCUCGGAUGGCUGACCUUCUGCCCAACUAACUUGGGCACCACCGUCCGCGCCUCCGUCCACAUCCGCCUGCCCAAGAUCUCCGCUCGCCCCGACUUCAAGACCAUCUGCGAUGGACUGAAGCUGCAGAUCCGCGGCAUCCACGGAGAACACUCGGACUCGGUCGGCGGAGUCUACGACAUCUCCAACAAGGCUCGUCUCGGCUUGACCGAGUUCGAGGCCGUCAAGCAAAUGUAUGAUGGCAUCAAGCACCUCAUCGAAUUGGAGAAGGCCGCCUAA